UCGAUUUUGUAUUCAUCUCAGGUAGUCGGUUUUUUACUCGAUGUCUUUAGGGUGCAAGACGCUAGAAUGAAAUUGCCUUUUAAGCUGCACUGUUUCUAUUUGGAAGAGUUAUGUACUCUACCAAUGCAAAACCAUUCACAUACAGCUCUCAUUCCUCUUCCCUUUUCUUAUUUUGAAUCUUAUUUACCAAAAUUGAAUGAAAUAGAAGCUUCAUAGGUAACAAACUCGGAAAUCCGAGUGUCGAUUCACUCAUGUAAUGUCAAUCAUUUAUGACAUUGAGUGCUGGGAAAGUUCCAUGUGAGGUUGUUUAGGAGGUACGUGGACUUUUAAUUAAAUAUAAGUAAGGGAGACCCCAUUAUACUAUACAGUGAGUUGGAAGUUUCAUCCCGAUUGCCAUUGAUUGAUAACUGACACAUACUAUAGUCUAGUAGUCUACAUGUCGUUUUCUCUAUAGCUUUCACACCACACCUUGCGAGGCCUCCUUAAAAGGAGCUUCUUGCCUACACUUUCUCUCAACACCAAGCUAUUUAAGUAGCUCCUUUUCGUUUUUCAAAAUCAUACCAAUCUCCUUCUUCUAGUUCUUCAUCAAGAGCAGCUUAAUUAACAAGUUUCCCUCCCAUCUCUACAACCAUGUUGGUUUCUACACUGGACUUGCUCACUCAGGCUGCUUCGAAUUCUCUCUACGUUUUCUGCUUCUGCAAUUUGAUCAUAGUCAUGAUCGUCGUGGGCUCCAAACCCGGGUCUUACUUUGAUCAAGAAAGUGAACUUCCUCGCUCAAAGGUGACCUACACUAUUACAAGUGAUAAACAAGUUGAUCAUGAUGCUAAUUGUGAGCAGAUGGGUAUCACCAGUUCAUCAGUUGUUAUCAGUAGUGAAGUAUCAAAUGCCAAGAAAGAACUAGCAAGCGAUGAAAAAGCCGGCAUUGAUGAGCAGAUUGCUGUCAGUAAUGAGUGUGACAAUGACGAUGAGCUGAGAAGAAGAGCCGAAGAAUUUAUCGACAAAGUUAACAGGGGAUGGAGGGCAGAAUUGCUGAGAAACUCACCUUUGAUCAAGAGAGCUCAAUUCACCUCAGAAGGUCUACCAACAAGCAAGCAUGAGGAAGAUGAACAAGGUACAAGUGCUAAACAAGUUAGUGAGGAGAGGCUGGAGAGCAAUGCCUCAAUGCAAGUCAGUCAACCACCAAAGGCCAACCAUGCAGUUCCUGAUAAUAUAAUAGUGAGCAAAAUCAUAUAUGGUAAUGGCAACGAUGAAACUGAGGCUGAUGAUGAGGAGCUGAGGACAAGAGUAGAAGAAUUUAUCCAGAAGGUUAAUCAAGCGUGGAAAGCUGAAUUUUUAAGAACCACAUGCAUAUGCAUAUUCUAAGCCAGCAGUGUAAAACAACUAAUGCACUGCUUUGUGUGUUGCUAAAAUUGGUGACUUGCCCAAAGUCUCUCUUUUUAUUUUUGUUUCACUUUCAACAAAUUGGUUCCCUUUCGUUUUUUUUCUUUUUU